CAUAAGAGCUCCGGAAGCGACGGCGAGGACUGUUCGUCUGUCAUUCACAAGUUUUACAAUGACCAGUUCGUGAUUGGGCAAUUUCAAUUAUAAUGCGCGUGCGUGAUGCAACGAUUCGCGUGUUUGUCUGCACGUCGGGAACUCGCAUCUCUGGCCUGUCCGUGGAAUAGGAAUAGUUUGUAUCCUAAAUACGAGACUCUUUGCCAGCAGUGGUGGCAUCAGCGCGCGCGCGCUCAUGCCAUCUGCGUGACCUCUCCAGAGCGCGCAUGGCAUCACCUGCGCAGACGGUGUGCGCAGUUCAGCGUCCAUCAGCGCAGGUAUUACAGUAAAGAUACUGACAAGAAGGACUCUGGGCAUCCUGGCAUCACAGUGGUGGGCACACCAGACCCCAUACUGUGGAUCAGGAAUAAGGUCAUCUUGUUUUUAACCGAACUGUACUUUGGCUUGGAGUUCAAUGUGGAGUUUGACAAUGGUGUGAAACAGGCUGCGGUUCAUGUGUCUGACUUGCUGUCCAAAGGCAACUUUGAGGAGUUGAGGAGUGUGAUGUCCAGAGAGGCUGUAGAAAAUAUCAGAAAGAAAUGUAAAGCGCUCCCAGAGGCCCAACAAAGACAGCUUGCCAUUUCUCUUGACGACAUUAUAUUUGUUCUGCCUGAGGAUGUGUCUGUAUUCUUUGACCAGAGAGGCAGAAAGUUCAUCUACAUCACGAUGAGACUCUGGUAUCUGUCCAGCGCAGAUGUACCCGAGGAUCCUGAGGGGACCAGUAUCUUCAAGAUAGAUUUAACUGCAGAAGAAACUCAGAGGAAGAUCAUCACAGCUGUGUAUGAGUUUUAUCGCGAGUUGAGCGCUGGAGCGAAUCCAGAGUGGACGGUGACCCGCUUAUGGCACUGGAAACAACUAGAGUGAAGUAAAGACACAAUAAAACGGACCUUCCUGACUAAAACGAUGGCAUUUAUGGUGGUUUCAGCAUAUAUUUUUAUAAUUAUUGUUUGUUCAGCCAUUGUUGUACUGCAGUGCUUGAUUGACAGGUGAUUAUAUGCUUUGCUACAAAUACAAUUCACACAUUUUGACUUGAAUCGCAGCACUGACAACACAGUUUGCUAAUAAUGAGCAGAAGUCUGAUACAUUUCAGUGAACAGGCUCUUUUCAGACGGUUUGCUUCAUUGAACUGGUUCAAAUUAACCAUUUCAGUGAUUCGAUAGUGUCAUUUCUGACAGCUGCUCAUGACAAGUCAUGCUGAAAAAUAGAAAUAAAGCCAUAGUCAAUGAGAA